AUGAAGAAGUCGUUUUCCUUUUUACUUAUCUUUCUGUUCCAAAUAUUCCAAAUCUCUCUAUCUUUUGAUUUUGGUGAGAAUUUCGAAAAUUCGUUUUUCGAAAUUAACAUUGAUCGAGACCAUCCGGAUGAUAUAUACAAAGAAUUCGAAGACUUCAUUGUGAAAUACAAAAAGAGUUAUAAAGAUGAAAUUGAAAAGAAAUUCCGAUUCCAACUAUUCACUGCUACUCAUAAUAAAAUUGGAAAAAUGAAUGAGCGUUCUGGGAAAAUGGGACAAGACACGAAAUUCGGUCACAAUAAGUUCAGUGAUAGAACCAAACAAGAAAUGGAUAGACUCUUCUUCAAAAUGGGUCCCAAGAAUGAUACAAAUAUGAUUCCAAUGUACGAUCCAUCAAAGCAUCGUGUGAAGCGCCAAACCAUUGAUCUUCCCAAGAAAUUUGAUUUGAGAACUAUAAAGCUAGGAGGAAGAUAUAUCGUUGGAGAUGCUAAGGACCAAGGCGCAUGUUCAUCUUGCUGGGCAUUUGCUGCAACUGCCCUAGCCGAAAUCGCAUAUUCCGUUCAUUUGAAGAAAAUGGUGACACUUUCCGAUCAAGAAAUCUGUGAUUGUGCAGCUCAACACGGUCCAGCAUGCAAAGGUGGACUACCAAAUGAUGGUCUAGAAUACAUCAAACAAUUUGGUGUAACUUUGGAAUCAGAAUAUCCGUAUUCAGUGGAAAGAUCAAAUGAAACAGGCCAUUGUGAUGCGGACAAAUACGAGCGGGAACUGAAUUCAUUGACAUUGGAUUAUUAUUCGAUUGAUCCAUUUAAUGCGGAAUAUCAAAUCACCUAUCAUCUUGUUGCCCUUAAAACUCCAGUUUCGGUUGCCUUCAGAAUUGGAGACGAUUUCAACUUUUACAAAAGCGAUGUUCUACAGUUUCCGGGUUGUGAUCAUGCAAAGGAGACACAUUAUCAUUCUGGAGUUAUUAUUGGAUUCGGAACAACAGUGAAUUCAUUGGGAAAAAAAGUCGACUAUUGGAUCUUCAGAAACUCUUGGAGUGGCGACUGGGGAGAAGCGGGACAUGCACGAAUUAUUCGAGGAGAAGAUUGGUGUGGAAUAGAGUCACUCGGGACAGGUGCAAGAGUUCCAGAGUGA